AUGCUCUCACUCCCGCUCUUCACACCGCGCGAUUCGCACGACCUCUGGUUCGCUCCGCGAACAACCUCCUUCUCCCAGUCCACCGAGCCCCCAUCAUCCGCCGCCUCCGCCUCCGCAAGCCACGCCCAAGCCGCCCGCCGCCAUGGAACAAGCCAGUACCGCACCGGCGGAAGCUCAGCAGCACACGGCGGAGCGAGUGCCCUCGCAAACACGAGCGAUACGCUUGCAACACUGAUCUUGGAAGAACGGGCCUUGCGCGCGCGCAAGAAUAAUAUCGCAUCGUUUGGGUGCUCGUGGAUUAAACCGGCGGGGUGUCCGAAGACAAUGCUGGGAAUGAAAGAAGAGGAGGCUGAGAGAGAGGAGGCUAUGGCUGCUGCGGAUGCGGAAUUUGCUGCUGCUGCUGCUGCCGCCGCCGCUGCGGCCGCGGGUGGAGAGGGUGAAGAGGGAAUGGAGGAAGAGGAAGAGACAGGGAUGGAAAGAGAUUUGGAUGCUGAUAUUCCGGACGCAGAUGGCGAUGAGGAUGGUGACGGUGAUGAUGGGCUAGUAGAGGAUGGAGAGGAAGGAUUGGAGGAGGAUGAAGAUGUUGAUGAGGAAGGGUAUAUGGAGCGGGAUUUGGACGAUGAGGUUCCCGAGGGAUUUGCGGAUUACGACGAUGAUGAUGAGGAUGGGGGAGAUUUUGAUAACCAACCUGAUUUGGACGAUGAGGUUCCUAGCGCUAGCGAGGGCAUGGAGGGUAUGAGUGAGCUGGAGGAGGGAGGGGAGGCACGGGACCUAGACGACGAUAUUCCGGAAGCUGAGGCAGGCGAAGAAGACGAAUGGCAACAUACAGACACAGACGCUGAGUUCGACGAUGAAGAGGACGAAGUCAGUUUCUCGCAGCAUCCGUUCCGUACCAGCACAGCGAGCAGCACACGUGGCCUACCCCGGGAACCGCCGCAACGAGAGCGAGAAACAGAAGCCCAGCGACGUUUCCUUCAGCGCUGGAGUGGCGGCGGCGACGCCUUCGAUACGAGUAGCAUGAGCACAAGUAUGCUGGUCGACGAGUUUGAUCAGGAGCACGACCAGGGCCGAGACCGAGACCGAGACCAUGGACGUGAUCUCCGCGCCUCUCUGGCGAGCCAGACAAGUCGACGAAGCUCCGACAAUGCCAGUGUCUUUGGCCGAUUUCCAAGACGUCGAGGACGCACGGGGAUACCGAUGCCGAGGGAUAGCCUCGAGUAA